CCGCCUGCGCUGUCUGGGGCUUCCCGGCGCUGUGGAGGGGAGAACUCGAGGCCCAGGCCCAGUUUGCCCAAGGCCAUAGCCCUGCUCACCCGGCCAUGCAGGGCGGCGCGCGGCGCGCUGGUGGCACAGCCACGGCGGGCGACAGCGUCAUGACGGACGUGCACCGGCGCUUCCUGCAGCUGCUGAUGACCCACGGCGUGCUGGAGGAGUGGGACGUGCGUCGCCUGCAGAAACACUGCUACCAGGUCCACGACCGCAAUGCUCCCGUGGAGAGGUUGGAGGACUUCAUCAACACCAUCAACAGUGUCCUGGAGUCCUUGUACAUUGAGAUCAAGAAGGGAGUCACCGAAGACGAUGGCAGGCCCAUUUAUGCGCUGGUCAAUCUUGCUACAACUUCUGUUUCCAAAAUGGCCACCGACUUUGCUGAGAACGAGCUGGAUCUCUUUAGGAAGGCCUUGGAGCUGAUCAUUGACUCAGAAAGUGGCUUUGCUUCUUCCACCAACAUUUUGAACCUGGUGGAUCAACUGAAAGGUAAAAAGAUGAGGAAGAAGGAGGCGGAGCAGGUGCUGCAGAAGUUCGUGCAGAACAAGUGGCUGAUUGAGAAGGAAGGCGAGUUCACCCUGCACAGCCGUGCCAUCCUGGAGAUGGAGCAGUACAUCCGCGAGACACACCCGGAUGCUGUGAAGACCUGCAACAUCUGCCGUGGCCUCCUCAUCCAGGGCCAAAGCUGCGAGACGUGUGGCAUCAGGAUGCACUUGCCGUGCGUGGCCAAGUACUUCCGGUCCGCCGCCGAGCCUCGAUGCCCUCACUGCAAUGACUACUGGCCCCACGAAAUACCAGAAGUCUUCGACCCUGAGAAGGAGAGGGACGCGAGUGUCUCCAGGCCGAGCAGAAGGUCCUUGCGGGCCAGGCAGCACUAGGCUGCCCUGUACCACCUUUGUUCUGUGUUCCUGUUGACCUCUGGAAUAAAACCAUCCUGAGGG